AUGCCUCCUCAGACUGUCAGCCAGGGAACAGGAAAAUAAACUAGGGUAUCUCAGGGGAAACAGAAGGCACCACACAGGGCAUAGUAACUGCAUGGAGGGAGGUCCAGGAACGCGGAGCUGACACAACUUGGACCAGUAGGACAGCUCAGGAAAAUUACGAUAAACAUCCAGAGGCAGGGGAAGAGGGAGAACUGGUGAGGCAAAAACAAACACAAAAGGGAAAAAGCAACCUAUAUGGUGGGAGCCCAAAACCCCACUCCAAAAAGAAAAAAAUCUACUGACUGAAAAACUGCAGAACCAAAAGGGGACAAAAUUAGGGAAGUAAAAUAUCUAACACUUAAAAAAAAAAAAAAACGGAACCCUGACAGAGUCCUUCGUAAAUCAUCAACAAGCUUGGUUCGGUCUGAAUUUGAUCGUCUCUUUGGAGGCUAUGGCAACAAAAAUGUUUUUUUAAUGUGAAUAUUGAAGAAGACUAAAAAUGAAGAAAACGCUUCUCUUAAACUUAGUGAUUAAUAUAAAUUAUUGUUUCCUUUGGAUUUCAUGGAGUUUUUCAGCUUUUUUAUCCGCAGAAUUAACCCCAAUCAAAGAGGUGAUCCUUGAUUCAACCAAACCGAACAGUUUAAAGUGGACAUUCUCACCAUCAAAAGCUUGGCAAGAAACAAACAUGCGGCUUGGAAAGCAGUAUCCACACUCAGUUUACCAGGCUUGUAACCCCACAUUCAGUAACAGUCCCCAAACAUUAUGGACCGAUUGGAUCCACAAACAAGAGGCUCAUGAGCUUCUACUGGAUGUUGUUUUUACACAAGAAGACAAGAAACCUCUUUCUAUUUACGUGCAAGAAUCGAACCAACCUCAGAAUCAACACCUUAGAGGAACACAAGAAGCUGUUCACGAGAUCACAGCCCAGCAUCCAUUUUCUAUUGGAGGUGUUCCUAAGGAUGAGAAUUUGCAUCAUGCACAAAGUCUUCCUUUGGGAAAAAUCUCUCAAAAUGGCUUUUAUCUUGGGUUUUCUUACAGUGGUGAGUGCAUCUUCAUUGCUUCUAUCGAGGUGUUCUUCAUGAAAUGUUCAGCAAUUGUGUGGAACCAAAUGGAAUUUAAAGAAACACCAGCAGGAUCAGGGUUGAAAAGUGGAAUAUGCAUAAAAAAUUCCUUAAAAAUCGCUACCCCAAUGAUGGAAUGUCAAUCAAAUGGAACAUGGGGUCCACCACAAGGAUUAUGUACCUGUGAUGCAGGAUAUCAGGCAGAAGGAAACAGCUGUAAAGCUUGUAGGAUGGGAACCUAUAAGCCGGUAAACCACAGUGGUGGAUGUGAGGCUUGUCCUCGCAGAAGUCAAACAGACAGAGAGGGUGCAUUUCAGUGUGACUGUGAGCAGGGAUAUGCACGUCUACAGACCGACCCUCCCCAGCUGGGAUGCACAAAAUCUCCUUCAUCGCCGGUCAACCUAACCUCACAGCAUUUGGACGACACUGUUGUGAUUCUACAUUGGGCCCAGCCUGUAGAUCUGGGUGGAAGAACAGAGGUGGAAUAUGACGUGCAGUGUAAACAGAGACGAAAUUCAUCAAUGGGUCAGUGGGAUCCAUGUGAGAACAAUACACUGAUUCUCCCUUCAUCCUCCAGACUGAAAAUAAAGACUGUUAAUAUAACUGGACUUCAUCCAGAGCUGGAUUAUCAUUUUUCUGUCAGAGCACACAAUGCUAUAUCGGCCGAACUUGCACCUGAUGAUUCUAUGCAGACAAUUUUCAUCUCCAGAAGGAGACCUCCUGAUCCUGAAAUCCAUCUCAAACAGAUUCUCUCUACUGGUCUAAUUGCUCCUGUGGUGUGUGGUGGCCUGUUUCUGCUCAUUAUCAUAACUGCUGUAUUCAUCACUGUAAGGUGCCGACACAGUAAACACAGAAACAUGUCCAGUGACUAUCAUGGGAUGCAACCCAUGUCCCAUACUAGUGUGAUUACAUAUCGUCGUGAAGACCGAGAACACAUAGAUCAGCUUGAUCAAGUCAAUGGCUCAAUUCAGAUGUUGGAGGGAGUGCUGAGUGCUGAACUACUGUGCAGGAUUAAGGAUGUGCUUGUGGAUUGUACAAAAUUAACAAUGGGCAAAGAACUUGGGAAAGGAGAAUUUGGGACCGUCUAUGAGGGCAUUUUUUCACCUCAAACUGGACAAGAUAUCAGAGUGGCAGUAAAAACCAUGAAAGUUGGAAUCCACAAUCAAGAGGAUCUGGAGUCAUUUCUCAAGGAGGCAGAAUUAAUGCAACAUUUUGAUCACGACAACGUAGUAAAAUUGCAUGGGGUCGCAUUGGAGCGAGAUCCAGAGUCCUCUGUACAUGUACCACUUGUUAUUCUGCCAUUUAUGAAACAUGGAGACCUACGUCACUUUCUUAUAGCCACCCGCUACGGUGAUGUUCCAAUGUUUGUACCUGAUCAGAGUCUUCUACGUUUCAUGAUUGACAUUGCUGCAGGAAUGGAGUAUCUCAGCUCUAAGGGCUUCCUACACAGAGAUCUGGCUGCUCGCAAUUGCAUGUUGGGUGAUGAUCUGCGUGUCUGUGUAGCAGACUUUGGUCUGUCUAAGAAGAUCUGUUCUGGAAACUACUAUAGGCAAAAAGUAUCUAUACGAAUGCCUGUAAAGUGGAUGGCCAUAGAGAGUCUAUCCGAGUCCAUCUACACCACCAAGAGUGACGUGUGGUCUUUUGGAAUAACCAUGUGGGAGAUUACAUCCAGGGGCAUGACUCCAUAUCCAGGUGUCCCUAAUCAUGAGCUUCUUGACUUGCUGGAAAAUGGGCACCGUCUCAAACAAGGAGACAAUGACCACAAAUUAUAUGAAAUUAUGCUGAGCUGUUGGCACAAAGAGCCUUCACAGAGACCAUGCUUUGGAGAGCUGAGACAGAAACUCCAAGCUUUUCUGUCUGAGCUUCCUCCCCUGGAAGCCAGCAAGGAAGCCCACUACAUUAACCAGGGUCUUGAAGCAGGAAGUGGCAGCAACUACUUAAGUGGAGCGGAGGGUCUGGACCCUGAGGUGGAGGGGGCUGUAGGCAACAUAUAUCUACCAGAACCUAGCGGCUUGGCAUCCCAUUCCAGACCAGUGGGAGAUGAGAAGGAAAGUGGGGAUGAUGGAUACCUGAUGUGUAAUAACAUUUAAUGAGAAUGUGUUUCACAUUAAGCCUGUUUUUGCUUAUCAUUUGAUUUUUAUCUGGAGUAUGUUAUCUGUUCCACAAAUAUUUAAAUAUAAAAAGAUAUUUUGUGUACGCUGCUUGAAUGUACCCUACUUUAUGUGGCUAAAUGAAAAUAAGGGUAAAUAAUUUUGUAUGGUCCUUGAUCCAUAAUAUAUCUACCAAUAAAUAUUUUUCUACCACUAAA